AUGUCUUCCUCUUCGUCUUCAGCUACUACACUGACACUGGCUUCUACUACAGCUAAUGUCCCCACAAAAGGUGCAAUCAUUCCUACUGUUUCAGCUACUCCUAGCUCACUAUUAGUUUCAAGUACUGGUGGUGUGGGGAACAUAAAUCAUGAUGAUCGGGAGGUGAAACCAAAUGCCAGUUGUAUCCAUGGGUCUCGCACAUCCAAUUCAGUACCUUCAACAUUCUCUGCUGUACCUACAACUACUGGUUCAUCAUUGGCUUCGUGUAGUAGUAAAGUCAAACAAACUGUUGCACACAACGCAUAUGUGAGAAGUGGUAGUACAACUACAAGCAGUACAACAACAAGCCAAAGUAGUUCUCUUGCGAAUAAUGUCUCAACUCCUCUGAUCACAUCCAAAGAGAAACCUGAAGCCAUUGAAGGGUUUGUCGAAGCUGAUACUUCUGAUACUUCAAGCCUUGUCCGACGGAGUCCUUGA